GGAAGAGAGUCGGAGACACAACAAACAUGGCGGCGGCGGCGGCGGCGACGGUGACGAAGGCGGCGGCGGCGGCGGCGGCGGCGGCGGCGACGGCAGCGGCGUUAAACAAGGCAGUGGGAGUUACUCGGUGCGGUGGUCCGGUGACCUCUGUAUGGCUUUUCAAUUUUAGUUGAAAUUCCCUCCAUGGCCUUUUGGAGUCCCUUGGUGUGUCUCCAGAGUAAAUUUCGAUUACUCUACAUUUCAUCAAUGUUGGAGUGGCAAGAAAAAGGAGGAACUGAUUUGGGGUGAAAAGUUUUUUUCCCCCUAGGCAUAACAAACUAAACUUCAAAAGAAAAAAGAAAAAACAAAACAAAGCAAAGAUGGGUGAAAAGAAACCAGAGCCUUUGGACUUCGUGAAAGAUUUCCAAGAAUAUCUGACUCAACAGACUCAUCAUGUGAACAUGAUUUCUGGAUCAGUUAGUGGGGACAAAGAAGCAGAGGCUCUUCAGGGAGCUGGAACAGAUGGUGAUCAAAAUGGACUCGAUCACCCAUCUGUUGAAGUUUCCCUGGAUGAAAACUCAGGAAUGUUAGUAGACGGGUUUGAAAGGACCUUUGAUGGGAAGCUCAAGUGUCGGUACUGCAACUAUGCCAGCAAAGGAACAGCCCGGCUUAUUGAACAUAUUAGAAUCCACACAGGUGAGAAACCUCAUAGAUGUCACUUAUGUCCAUUUGCAUCUGCUUACGAGCGUCAUCUGGAAGCCCACAUGCGUUCCCAUACAGGAGAAAAACCAUACAAAUGUGAAUUAUGUUCCUUCCGCUGCAGUGAUCGAAGUAACCUAUCCCAUCAUCGAAGGCGCAAGCAUAAAAUGGUACCAAUUAAAGGUACUAGGUCUUCCUUAAGCAGCAAGAAAAUGUGGGGAGUUUUACAGAAGAAAACAAGCAAUCUGGGCUAUAGCAGAAGAGCAUUAAUCAACUUAAGUCCACCUUCCAUGGUGGUUCAGAAGCCAGACUACCUUAACGAUUUUACCCAUGAAAUCCCAAAUAUCCAGACUGACUCCUAUGAAAGUAUGGCAAAACCCACAUCAACUGGUGGCCUCCCAAGAGACCCCCAAGAACUCAUGGUUGACAACCCCUUAAAUCAGCUCUCAACCCUGGCAGGACAGUUGUCUAGUUUGCCACCGGAAAACCAAAACCCUGCAUCUCCUGAUGUAGUUCCCUGCCCCGAUGAGAAGCCUUUCAUGAUGCAGCAGCCGUCUGCCCAAGCAGUGGUUGCUGCCGUGUCAGCAAGUAUUCCUCAGAGCUCCUCUCCCACAAGCCCUGAGCCUCGGCCGUCACAUAGUCAGAGGAACUAUAGUCCAGUGGCAGGUCCGAGCAGUGAACCAAGUGCCCACACGAGUACUCCCAGCAUAGGGAACAGCCAGCCGAGCACCCCGGCUCCGACCCUGCCUGUCCAGGAUCCGCAGCUUCUACACCACUGCCAGCACUGUGAUAUGUACUUUGCCGACAAUAUCCUUUACACCAUUCACAUGGGAUGCCAUGGGUAUGAAAAUCCUUUUCAGUGUAACAUAUGUGGUUGCAAAUGUAAAAACAAGUAUGAUUUUGCCUGUCAUUUUGCAAGGGGACAACAUAACCAACACUGAAAAUAAUCACAUUAUGCUUUACUUGGUUUUACCUUUUGGUGUUUUAUAGUUUUUUGUUUUUUUUUGGGGGGGGGAGCUUAUUCCUAAUUAGGUGACUGCUAAUUUAAAGUCAAUAUAUUUAUAGAAUAUAAGUUUGACGGUGGAAACGAUUUUUUUUUUCCAUAAAAAUCUGGUCAGGCUCAUUUAUGUAUUAGAGCAGUGAGACACAUUGGUGUCUAUUUUUUCCUUUCACUUAGUUGAGAAUUGGAGUGCAAUCAUAAUCCCAACAGGUAUUCAUUUAAAUUUCCCAUAUUUAUGGUCCACAAAAGCUUCAAAGCUUACUGAUACUCUUGGUAUUUCAACAUAUACAUUGCAGCUAGAUAUUAUUUCUGCCAUAUUUCAGCAUGGUGGAAUAACUGUCUCUUACAAAGUCUGUUAGCAGUUUAUUUCAGUGUUUCGUAGAAGAAUUGCCUUUAACCUCAUUCUUUGUCGACGUGCUGUUUCAUUCACAUUGCUGAGCGUUCACAGCACUUUCAUUUCGCCUGAUAGUCACAGAGCUAUUUAAUGUAGCAGAUCCUUCUUUUUUUUUCCUCCCAUACGGGGAAAUGUAAAACAGGUCAUUCUUUUUAAAGUUACAAAAAUAUGAGGUAAAAGUUUUGAAAAGAAAUGAAAACAAAAUUGAAAAAGUGGCUUAAUACUUAAAAUACCUGUUUAUUCAAUUUCUAGUUUAAAUAUGUGUCAGUUUUCUAUUGGGUUCUUUUUAUUCUGGUUUAUUGUAAAAAACCACAUGAGAAUGCUAGAAAUAUCAGAGGAUUAUCUAUAAAGAUGCCUUUUUUUUUUUUUGAACCUUUCAUUUAAAUUCUUCACUCUGACAUCAUUUGUGUCAGGUGAGGUUGAUAAGUAUACUGAGAAUCUGUUCUUCCUCCUAUUCCUUUGAUUACCAAAGAGGUACACUGGGAGUCCUCCAUCUUACUCCUCGGAAAUGCAGUCCUUCAAAAGAAAAACAAAAAUCUCUGAAGUUUCCAUUUCCUGCCUUCUAUCUAUUUACUGCCUGUAAUUUCCAAGUAGAGGUGGUUAUAGAAACACAUGGGAAAAUAGAAUGGUGAAGUGUAACACUUAAAAAAAUGAGAAUGUGUCCAAAACAAAUCCUGGUUUUCCCUCCAGAAUUGGCCAUUUAAAAUAUUUUCUGUGAAUUCAAUUUGUAAUGCUUAUUUGCAGCUCUGUCAGUUUUUCAUGUACAGAACUAUGUGGAGACUGAAUCGUCGCCUUAGUAGGAAAGGGUACAAAAGUGGGAAAAUAGAUAUAAAAUGCAUUUAAAUGUGAUAUUUAAUUUGUUUACAAAAAUAAGACUUGCUAAAUCUAGAAUAAUUUUGAAUAGGAGGCUAUUGUUUUUAUAUUGUGUAAUAACUAGCUUACUCUAAAGAGAGCUUGGUCAAACAAUAAAAUAUAUUGUUACUAACUGUUGGUUUCUGUGUACUUUACAAAAUUUUCAUUUUUAAUUUGGUUCAAAUCUUGAAAGUGUUACUAAUUGGCUUCCUAAAGAGAAUAUUCUAACUAUGAAGCAUUUAUUAAGCAAAAAAGAACUCCACUCAGUUCAAUGCUGAAAUAACUGUAUCUAGUGUGUAGUUCCUAUUGUGAACGGAAAGGUAGGCGUCUGCAAAACCCCCAUGUGCCAACUUAAUGGAGCUCCUGCCCUCUCUUCCAAAUGCUAGAAAGCCAUUAAAAUGAGUUCUCUUUGUUUAAUAUCAAUCGAAACUAACCUCAACAGCAUUGUUCAAAGAGCAGCAAGGAGUCUGUCCAAACUAUAAAUAACUCUUCCUUGUCAAAUCUGAGGCUUCUGAAUCUACCGUUGUUUCUCUUGUUGCUUAAAAUCACUCAUUGCUCAGAUCAGCUUGAAUGCAACCAUUUCCAAAUGUGGAACUUGGCUCUAGUAUUUAUUUAUUGCCAGAAAAAAACAGGUUGCUGUCAUUUGGAAGCUUUUGUAAUGAUUUUCUUCCUUCUCACUUUUAUUCUUCACAUAAAAGCAAUACCCGAAGAUAGAAAAUGAAAGCUUUCAUUAAAGAGAAAGAACCCUCUUAUUAAAACCAGUUUAUUAACUCUAUAUUCUGAGCCAAAUAGUGACAAACACUUUUUUUUCUGGCAACUAAAGACAGAUGUUUUGAAGGUACAUUUUUAAUUUAAACAAAAUAUCUUUUUUCGUAAUUAUAAACUAGAAUGUAUAAUUCUAAUUUUCCUAUGACUUAAAAGAGCACAGUUGGUAUUCCAAAGGUGUCAAUGCUUGAGAGCUACAAUUAAUUCUAAAUGCACUAAAGUUUUUGAAUCAAAUCUACCUUAUAAACUUUUUUAGUGUAUUUUUAAAAAGAUUUUAGGAUUUUAUUUAAAUUUUCUGUGAGUUAAAUUUUAUACAUGGAAAGAUACUAUCUUCCAUUAAGUGUUGAAUAUGUUUCUCCCAUUUUAUUUUUAAUCAAAUAUUUUAUAGAAAUGAGCUGCUAGGAAAAGUUGAACAUGAACUAUUUAUAGUACUUUGCUGUUAACAGGCAAUGUUCUGAAACUAAAUGUAUUUUUGUUCAGUGAACAUAAGUUUAGAUUUUUAAAGUUGGUAGAUAAUUUAUCUCCACUAAUAUUUUUUUAAGAAACUGUGAAGAGAUUAACAGGGAAUAAUUUCAUUUCAGAUUUUACUAAUAUAGUAUGUAGCUGCAACUUCUUGAAAUUCAAGUAAAGGCUAGACUUUUACUUUGAAUAUUUUCCAGUGCUAUUUCAUUUUAGAAAUAAGUGUUUGCCAUUCAUCUGCAGAAUUAUUUGACAAAGGGAAUAUUACUUUAAAAAUGUUGAGAUAAACCUCAUUUUAAGUUCUACAAAAAUAUUUAUCAAGUGGAUGUAUUAUUUAAAAAAAAAUUCCCUGCUAAGGACUUUUUCAUUAUAUAGUCUUAGAGGGUAUAUGAUUUCUAGAACUUGUUUUUGUUAAUAUGUACUUUGAUGUAAAGAACAUAUUUUGUAUGCAAAACCUAAAACUCGAGUAUGGUUGCAAAACACUAUAUUGUUUAGGGAUUCCAGAGAGCAGUUCAAUGCUGAAAUAACUAUAUCUAGUCUGUCGUUCCUAUUGUGAAUGAAGCUUUGCUUUUGUAAUACAUAAAUAAAAAAAUAACACUUUCUGUUGA